CAGAAUAUUUUGGUUAUAUAUUUUUAUAAUUUAUAUAUAUUGUCGGUUGUCAGGAGUCAAGACUCGAAUUGCUUAAUUAAAGAACCUUUAUUAUUAUAAUAUUGUCAUCGGUUAUAGCUUAAGUACUCGAAUCUUUAUGCUGUCAAUUGCGAAAACAUUAUAAACUAUGAUUAAAGACUACACGUAAACGUAUUACAACUUAGAUAUAAUUGAUGUGAAUUAAUUUACAUUUUAAGUUUCGUAAGAAAUAAAAUCUGUAUUUGCUUAUCAUGAGUCGUGGUGGAAAAUCUAAAAAUGCUUAUCUUCCUGGAGAUUUGGUGGCGUUGGGUUCAAAAAGCAGUAGUCGUGUUGAACCAAAUCCACAAGAAAAACGAGGUAGUUCUCUGCUACUGCACAGGAAGUUAAUGGAAUCAAGUUUAACUGAUAGAAAACGACCUGGACCCCCAUUGGCAAUUCCUAUACCAAGUAAAAAACCAAAAUCGCAUUCAGGCCAUAGUUCGUUUGCUUGGGAACAAAUGAGUAUAGAAGUAGAUUCGAUUGAUUUGUUUGAAUCGUUAAACUAUGCUUUUCAAAAUCAAGAAAACCUCAAGGCCAUUGGUCUACUUUUUGGAGCAUUCAAAUCCAUGCAUACACAACGAUUGAAGCCUGAUCUCUUUUGGAGUUUAUUAAUCACCGCUAGAACUUACCCUACAUUAUUUCAUAAUGAAGAGGUGAUAAAUUCUCUAUGUUCAAUUAUAUCGUGUCAUUCUGUUGUUUCUACAAAACAGCGUCAAUACAACAUAGUAGCUGCGGUUACGUCUAUCAAUUUGUUAAUGACAACGCACGAUAAAGUAAACCAUUGGCCGGAUGCUUUUGUUAAAUUGUUCAUUGACGAUUCCAUGGGAGAGAGAUUGUGGGUAGAAAAUGAAGAGUGCAAACUUUUUAUUGAAAAUAUAAAAAUUAGCCUAAACACUCGUACAUCCCCUUUUAUUCCUUUGGACUUUUUGGAUACCAUGAGUUCUGCUGAAUCUACAUCAUCGUCGUUUGAACCUAAUGAAGUGUCUGUACUAGCAAGAUAUUCUACAAAUCAAGCGGCUACUGAAAAUUUAUUUGUAGACAUAGCUAAAGAGUAUUUGGUUCGAAGACAGUCUAAUGAAGGAAUAUCAAGGAACUUAUUAAAAUUACUAUCGGCUGCUGCAGGAAUUUUAGAGGUUCGUGUAAUGGUUGCUAGUAAAUUGGAAGUGUGGUUACAAAAUGCUAAACUAGUACGGCCUGCCCAAGAGUUAUUAUUGGCCGUUUGUGUGAAUUGUAUAUCGCACACUCAAAAGGAUUUUGAUGUUAUUUCUACUAUUGUUAAAAUGCGGUUAAAAACAAAAUCAAUAGGCAACUUCUACGUGUCUUGCAUUAAGGAGUUAAUUACAGCAAAUGCUGCUAAUUUACCAAUUGUAUUAAAAAAUGUAGUUUACAAUGAAAUGUCCACAUCACGAAACACAAGUAACAUGGCAAUACUUCAAGUCAUUUUCAAGGCUGAACCAGAUCAGACUGCAUUGCUUUUAGCUGAUAUUUUUCAGGAGUUGCUUAUUUUGAGAGAUGAUUAUUUACGAUCGCUUCGAGUAUUUUUAAGAGAAAUAUUUCGUCAAGUACGAAAUGAAUUUAAUUUCUUAAAAUUUUGUCAAGGCCUCAUGAGUAGUAAUAAAGAACCAAAUGGAGCUCCUGAAGUUAAGGAUCGAGUUUUUACUGGCAUUGUUGAUCUCUUAACGCUAUGUAUAUUUCUGUCUGUUUAUCCUUACAUGCGCUCCGAACGAAAAGACAUAGUACAGUUUGAAAAGAUGCAACAUGCUAUUUCUAAAAUUCAAAAAGAUGGAGUCGUGUGGCUUCACGAUGUUGUAACUAAAGUGUAUCGACCCUCGCCUACCGAUUUUGUUCAUUCUUUACACAAGAUACUGCUAAUGGAGUCUGCCGAUCAAUAUUAUAAGUUAGAAAGUUGGCCUCCAGAACAAGAUAGAAGUUUAAUUUUUAGACUUGCCACUGAAGUACCAAUAUUGCAGGGAAUAAUAAUUACUAUUCUUAAAAUUGGUUUAUCUAAAGAACACCCUCUGAGCUCACCCGAUGCUUUAGAAUUGGUCGAUCAGUUAGUAAAGCGUGCAGCUGCUUUACAAGUCUACCAAACUCCUAAUGCUAUUCGAGCUGACAAAGAUGAACUAUUUGAUUUUCUAUUGAAUUCAUGUGCUUAUCAUCAUCCGGAAAAAAUUGAACUUCCUUUGGGCUAUACUCCACCUCAAUUAGCGAUAUCAAAUUUAUAUUGGAAGACCUGGCUAAUAAUGUUGAUAUAUUGUGCCCAUAUACCUUCUAUUUUUGGAACAUUAGCUUGCAGAAAAUAUCCGAUGUUACGCAUUUUCAUUGAGAUGUGUAUAACCAACAACUUUAACUUCCCUCCGUUUUUAGAAGAUCUACAAAUACAGUCUGUUGAAAAACAGAAAAUAUUAGAAUUUGAAUCUUACUUGGCUGCUGCAUCAACUAAAGCGACAAUAACAGAACAGACUAGCUUGUUAUUAAGCCAGCUCAUGGGAAUGGAUCCCGCUGGUCCACCGAGGCGUCCGCCUCCUGUAGUUUUGGAUCAAUUGAGAGUUAUGAACACAAACUUGCGCAUUGGUCAUUUAUUGUGCCGAUCGAGAGAUCCCGAUUUUCUCUUGGAUAUAAUUCAACGCCAAGGUACAUCCCAAUCAAUGCCUUGGUUGGCCGAUUUAGUGAACUCGUCUGAAGGUUCACUUAACCAUUUGCCAGUCCAGUGUUUAUGUGAAUUUUUAUUGAGCCCCAGUUGCCGUCAACAAGGUAAAUUUAAUCAACUUUUGAAUCAUUUGAAAAAGUUGCUAACGCACCAAGAUACUGACCCAGCUAUAAGCUGUGAAGUUUUGGAGUAUUUUUUGAGACGUCUUAGUUCACCUACUAGUAGACAACAUGCUAUUUUGGGUUUAAAGUUACUGUUAAAUGCAACCGAUGAAAAAACCAUUGAUAUUGAUAAAGUAAUAGAAGCUAAAACUGAUGUAUCUUGGUUGUUAACGAGUUUGCCUCAGUUGCCAAAUUUCUCUGCAUUUAAAUCUCAGAUUGUUAUCGCUCUAAGACAAGCAUGCCAAGUAGAAAAUGAUCCACAUUUAAUUACCGCCUAUUUGACUUUCUUGGCUGAACAAACAUCCGAAGUAGAUAAAGGAGGUAGUCUCACAAAUGAUCAGCUUGCAGAAAUGGUGCUGGAUAUGGCUCAAUUAAUUGUCGAAAGAAGCACGGUCAUGUCCGCAGUACUACCAGUAUCGACAGAUACAGUAACGGUUUUUAACGUGGCACUCAACUCUCUAGUCAAUAUAUUUUAUUCGUUUCUCUGUAGAGCUAGAGAACCGUGUCGCCAAAAUCAUCCUUGGUCGGAAAAUCAAGAUCAAAUCCUCGUUACAUGGCCAGGUGGCCAAGAAUGCACGUUACAUAUUUUGGUCGUCCAUGCUAUGAUAAUUUUGUUGACUUAUGGUCCUCAGUGUAUUCAAGACUCGAUGAAAUUUGACCAUUUGUUAGAAGCUUGGUUUCCAACAGACAGAAGACUUGUACCAAAAGCUUAUCUGGUUGAUACUUCUGAAGAAGCUUUACUUAUACCAGAUUGGUUAAAACUCCGAAUGAUAAGGUCUCGAGUUCCUAGACUUGUAGAAGAAGCAUUAACCGAUCUGGAACCACCCCAAUUAAUAUUAUUCAUUCAGUCGUUUGGUAUUCCAGUUGCAUCAAUGAGCAAACUAUUAGAAAUUUUGGACCAAGCCGUGUGUCACGAUGCAGAAGCCAUCAAAGCGGCUGUCAUGGACAAAGCUUAUAUGGUGCAACUUGUCCAAGUGCAACAAAGACGUGGAGCUCAAGGAGGCCAAGUGUUUGCAUCUGUAUUAACGUCCAACGAAGAACCAAUGGUUUUGGACGUUGCAUAUAAAACAAAUACAUCUAAUAAUUUGAAAAUACAAAAAAAACCAAUAGUUGUUGAAAAUCAAGAAAAGGUUUUCAAAAUUGGAUCGAUAAUAAGAGAUUUGUAUAGUUGCAAAAUGGAAGGCAAAGAAUUUUUGUCGUUAUUACAAUCGUUGUCGCAAGAUACAAAAUAUUUAGGUCAAAAACUAAUGCAAUCCUUGUUGAGAAAAAUGUUAAAAAAUAAAGAGUUUGUUGGUGUGAUAAUUACAAAUAAAAAUUUGUCAUCUCUUCUAAGAGUUUUGAUGGCCAAGUAUGGUCACAACAAAAUCUUGUUGUGUAUUGUUAAGCUGAUGGUUGUUCAAAUCGACAAGAACAAACAACCAAAUACAUUGUACACGUCGAUUAUGGAUUAUAUUAAUAAAUAUGAAGAAAAAAAGAAAACUGUUCAAAGUCUGAAGAAAGAAAAUGAAUCUGAAUCAAUGGAAGUCGAUGGAGUAAAUAAGGGUAAAAAACGAUCUUUGUUUGUUGAUUUACCCAAAGAAAUUGAAAUAAAAAUAGCAGGCUUGACUAUUGAACAACAGGUUAACAUGUUAUUUAUGAAAACUGUUAGUGAAAAAUGGGAUUCGGUGAGGGAUUGUAGACCAUACUUGUUGACUUUACUAAAUCACCACAUGAAUUGGUCAUCGUUGGAAUGCGUUUUAAAUAUACUUUUAGAUUUGAAUAAUUUUGAAAAGUUCGAACCUUCUUCUGUGUUAGAUUUAAUAUCAGCCAUUACUACAAAUCCAAAAUUAUGGCAAGGAAGAGAAAUGAAUGCUCCAAAAAGUAAAACUGAUGAAGGACUAAUGUUUCUUGACGAUAGCCAGGUCACAUCUUUGCUGCUCUAUAUGAUCGAAGAAUGUAAAUUAAAACACGAUGAUCCAAACAUAACUUGGCCUGAGUUAUCGACUUAUAUGCAAACAAAACUAUCGGUUUUACUUAAACAUUGUUUGGUGAAAAAUGAUUAUGUUCGAAUAUUCCAUGAAGUUUACUUAAAAUAUAUUAACAGUACUAACUUUACAGUUUUCAAACAAAUAUUGAGCCAAGUUUAUGCUAAUGAACCAAACAUUUUGAGCAAAUUGCAACAUUAUGGCAUGGAUAGUAUCUUAGACCCAGCUAUAAUUAAAGAAAGUGAAGGAUGUGCUUUGGAUUCAAUUUCUCAUACUGUUGUGUCUUCCAUUGUGUCUACUAAAAUAAAGAGAGAGAAAGAGUUGGUUAAAAAAAUGUACGACUACGAAACGCUAGCAAAAAGACUGAGCACUACGCAUCCACUUCUAUUCUUGAGAGUGUUUGAGCUGUUAUCGGCACCGUUAGGACGAUGUUGCUACUUGGAAUUCAAAGCGAUGAAAUCUGGUCAUCUCCUACUUUUACAAAAUACUCUAGAUUUGGUAGAGAGUUUAGAACCUACUAUUUAUUUGCCGUUUUAUACAGAACCUAUACACAAGCUCCUAGGAACAUUCUUAAAUAUUAUUUGUAACAAUUUAAAUACUCCCAGUGCGACUCGUAAAGAUUUUAUGACACUUUUGACUAAAUUUGGUAAUCGUAUACACAGUUAUAUUGGAACCAACUCACAAGACGCAAUGGUCUUUAUAAAAUCAAAUAUUAUAUGGUUCAGCAAUCUCGUUGAAAGAUAUAAUACAAUUGGCAACCUUAAUUUACUUAUCAGCCAAAACGACAAAGUAAUUGUAUUGCAACCAACAAAUGAAAUUUCAAACGAUAAGUAUGAUCAAUUCUUCAACUGUUUUAAAGACAUUGACACCGCUAAUAACAUGUUGAACGAACUGGAACGUUCUGGUCACCGAAACAAUCAUGCUUUGGAACCCUUUUUGAAUAAAUUAACGACUUUGGUUAGAAACCCUCAUUCAAAUUAUCGACUUCCUUCACUCGGACUUCUCAUUCGUUAUUUGCAACAUAACAGUAACAAGUCUACCGAUUCAAUGUUAUUACCAGCUUUUCUGAAUGCAUUAAUAUCUGACGAUGAUGAGAUUUCUAACACCAUACGCAAUCGUAUAGAUUCAUUAGCAAUGUCUAAGGAUAUGGCUCUACAGUUGUUGUUGGAAACAUUUAAGAUAGGAAUAAAUAAAAGUCUAAGCACUACUGCUAUCAUUACCAAAGCAAUAUCUACAAUGAAUAUGCAAUUGGGGUGUUAAUAUUUUAUUAUGUAUUUAUUUAUAAGUAUGUGUAAUGUGACAAUGUUUAUGAACUUUAAUUAUACUAAUAAAACAUAGUAAGUUACACAUUUUUAACUUGA